AGGUUUUCAAGGCCAACACCCAUUCAUAGGGACUAUUUCAGUGGUUGGGAUUUGCCUCUGAGUUCAUCACUGCAACUUGACAAGAGAGAAAGAAGCAAACUUUCAGAUCAUUCCAUCAAUUUAGGGCUUCACUUCCAUCUCUUAAAAGCUAUCUUUAGCAAUGGACUCUUAUGUGAUCCAGAUGAAUGGCAAUGGUGAUCAUUCCUCAGUCCUGGAUGUCCAUGUAAACCUCAAUGGAAGAAAUACAGUCUUGGGAAAAAUGAAAGGCAGGAAGGCCAGAUGGGCAGUGAGGGCCUCUGAAAUGUCCAAGAAAACUUUCAAUCCCAUCAGAGCCAUUGUGGAUACCAUGAAAGUGGAGCCAAAUCCUAAUAAAACCAUGAUCUCAUUGUCGAUAGGAGAUCCAACUGUAUUUGGAAACCUCCCUACUGAUUCUGAAGUUACUCAGGCCAUGAAGGAUGCCUUAGAUUCAGGAAAGUAUAAUGGUUAUGCUCCAUCAAUUGGCUAUUUGUCUAGUCGGGAGGAAAUCGCUUCCUAUUACCACUGUCCAGAGGCCCCUCUGGAGGCUAAGGAUGUCAUUCUGACGAGUGGCUGUAGCCAGGCCAUUGAACUUGCCUUAACUGUGUUGGCCAACCCAGGACAGAACAUCCUGAUACCUAGACCUGGCUUCUCUCUCUAUAAGACUCUGGCUGAAUCCAUGGGGAUUGAUGUCAAAUUUUACAACUUGUUGCCAGAGAAGUCUUGGGAAAUUGACUUGAAACAUUUGGAAUCAUUGAUUGAUGAGAAGACUGCUUGUCUUAUUGUUAACAACCCAUCAAACCCCUGUGGUUCAGUAUUCAGCAAAAGCCAUCUCCAGAAGAUCCUGUCUGUGGCUGCGAGGCAGUGUGUUCCCAUCUUGGCCGAUGAGAUCUAUGGAGACAUGGUAUUUUCGGACUGCAAAUAUGAGCCCUUGGCCACCCUCAGCACCAAUGUCCCCAUCUUAUCCUGUGGGGGACUAGCUAAACGUUGGUUGGUACCAGGCUGGAGACUGGGCUGGAUUCUGAUCCAUGACAGACGAGACAUCUUUGGUAAUGAGAUCCGGGAUGGGCUGGUGAAGCUGACUCAGAGGAUCCUGGGACCCUGUACCAUUGUCCAGGGAGCUCUGAAAAGCAUCAUGAGAAGAACACCUCAAGAAUUCUACCACAAUACCCUAAGCUUUCUCAAGUCAAACGCUGACCUUUGUUACGAAGCUUUGGCUGCUAUUCCUGGACUCCAGCCUAUCCAACCUUCUGGGGCCAUGUACCUCAUGGUUGGAAUUGAGAUGGAACAUUUCCCAGAAUUUGAAAAUGAUGUCGAAUUCAUUGAGAGGUUAAUUGAGGAGCAGUCUGUCAUCUGUCUUCCAGGAAAGUGCUUUGAAUAUCCUAAUUUUUUCCGAGUGGUCAUAACAGUCCCUGAGGUGAUGAUGGUGGAGGCCUGCAACCGGAUCCAGGAGUUCUGUGAGAAGCACUACCAAAGUGUUGAUGGAAUCCAGGAAGAGUGUGACAAAUAGGUCCAUCUUCCUACCCCAUACACUGUGUACCUAGUGGGGCCAGGAGAGGCAGUGCCCUUCUCUUGCCCAUUGAGUUGGAUGCUGGUGACUGGAAGAGUGGACACAAAUGUACCCCACUUUUAUUGACAACUUUUUAGAACUCCUGUUUCCUAGUCCCAACUGAACACACUCUGCCUCCAUAAAUUCUCCUAAAGUUGUAUUAACAUGAUUCACUCCCCUAGUUUUCAGUCUCUCCCCACCAUGAGAUUCCCUUCUCUUUUACUCUGUGUAACACAUUGGUAAAGAUCUAAUCUUGGUUAAUAUAAUCUUUGGUUUACCAAGAAAGCAGAAUAACCAAAAAAAAAAAAAAAGGAGAUAAAGAAGAGCAAAGAAAUCAAUCAAGACUCAGUAAAUAAGCAUUUAUUAAGCACCUACUAUGUACCAAACAAUAUGCUAAGCUUUGGGGAUGCAAAAAGUGUUAAAAGAAAGUUCUUAUCUCCAGGGAAAUCCCAAUCCAAUGGGAAAGAAGGAUGGCAAUAGAGCAUUGAGGUCAUUCAUGUCUUUGCUGCUUUCUCAUACCAUGAAUUCUACACACCCAAAUUAAUUCUGGAGCCAAAUUCAGUUACCACCUCACUGACUCUAGGUAUAUACACAUUAUACAAUAGAUGUUACUGAAAAAAAUUGGGUUUGGAUCAUUUUUUUGGCAAUUGUAUUAACCUUGCCAGGAACCAUUUUGAUAACAUGAAGAGUCCUUUUGUAAUGCAAAUAAUAACUCUAUAAUUUGUCUGUUUUGUGUCUAUAUUUUUGUAUGUUGGAUUUUCUUAAAGUGUGUGUAUGGGGAUAAACAUGUAUGCCACAAAGGACAUUUUGAGGAGUUAUUAUGCCAUUCUGGUUACUGUGACCUGUCAGUAUCAUGGAAUCACUUUUGGCGUAACUCUGUUGUUGAUUUAUGAUAUUAUAUAUUAUAUUAUCUUUUAAUAUAUUAUCUAAAGAACAUUUAUACUGACCAAACCCUCUGUUUUGCGAAGGGCAUAAAUUAUUGUGUUUUUUUAAAAUAAAUUUUACAAAGUCUAAA